CCGAGCCCACACCACACGAAAAUUGAAAGUUCGACAUCCUCAGUGACCCCGUCGACACUUCCUCCAUCCAACGCACACACCAAAAUGGCCGACACUCCCGUCACUCUGCGGACUCGCAAGUUCAUCCGCAACCCUCUGCUUGCCCGCAAGCAGAUGGUCGUGGACGUCCUCCACCCCAACCGCCCCAACGUCUCCAAGGACGAGCUCCGUGAGAAGCUGGCCGACCUGUACAAGUCCAACAAGGACCAGGUCUCCGUCUUCGGUUUCCGCACACAGUACGGUGGUGGUAAGAGCACCGGCUUCGCUCUGGUCUACGACUCCUCCGAGGCCCUGAAGAAGUUCGAGCCUCACUACCGUCUCGUCCGUAUCGGUGCCGCCAGCAAGAUCGAGAAGGCUUCCCGCCAGCAGCGCAAGCAACGGAAGAACCGCUCCAAGAAGUUCCGCGGUGUCGCCAAGGUCAAGGGCCCCAAGAAGAGCAAGGAUUAAACGCCUCAUCUGUAACUAUUCGCACGAUUCAACAUGGACCGAUGAUGCGGCAUGGCGCGAUGGGAAAGAUUAUGGCGGUGACGGCUUUGGCUCUGGAGUUUCCCACCUGGUUAUGGCUUGUCCGGACCCAGGUGCGGUCGGUCGUGUGUGGGGGGGAGUGGUUUAUCUUCCUUUUCAGCGAACAUCAGACUAAAACCCAAAAUGAUGCCCGUUGAAUGGUGAAGAUCGUGGACGGAUACUCUUUUUUCUUCCUGUGCUUGUUGGAGCUGGUGAUUCCCGAGAAAAAAAGGCUGGCGAUCCCCAUGGAA